AUGUAGUUUAAUAUAGUUGUCAAUUUGAGAGCAAAUGUUAGGGUGGAAGGUAUGACACAUUCAGUUUUUUCAUCCGCAUUUCCGUCUCUAAAAUAAAAUAUACACAGUAAUCAAGAUACCAGAACAGUGCGAAAGAAGAAUUUGACGAUUUCAAACACUGAAAGCCUCAUAAUGUCCAGUGAAACAGCUAACAAGAACUUCUCAAACCUGGAAACACCUGGGUAUGUUGGGUUCGCAAACCUCCCCAACCAGGUGCACCGCAAAUCUGUAAAGAAAGGUUUUGAGUUCACUCUGAUGGUGGUCGGUGAGAGUGGACUUGGCAAGUCUACUCUCGUCAACUCACUGUUUCUGACUGAUCUUUAUCCUGAACGUGUUAUACCUGAUGCUAUUGAGAAGACCAACCAGACGGUUAAGUUGGACGCGUCGACGGUGGAGAUCGAGGAGCGCGGCGUGAAGCUACGCCUCACCGUGGUCGAUACCCCAGGCUAUGGAGACGCUAUUGAUAACACUGAUUGUUUCCGGUCGAUAAUUCAAUACAUCGACGAACAAUUUGAGCGGUUUCUGCGAGACGAGAGCGGCUUGAACCGACGUAAUAUUGUCGAUAACCGCAUACAUUGCUGCUUUUACUUCAUAUCGCCGUUUGGACAUGGGCUAAAACCUCUGGACAUUGAGUUUAUGAAGCAACUGCAUAACAAAGUGAACAUCGUGCCAGUGAUCGCGAAGGCCGACUGUCUCACUAAGAAAGAGGUGCAGAGGCUGAAGACCAGGGUCAUGGAAGAAAUUGAGCGCGAAGGAAUCAAGAUCUACCCCCUUCCUGAUUGUGACAGCGACGAAGACGAGGAUUACAAGGAACAGGUGCGUCAACUAAAAGCGGCCGUGCCAUUCGCGGUGUGCGGCGCAGGCCAACAGCUGGAGGUGCGCGGGCGCCGAGUGCGCGGCCGCCUGUACCCGUGGGGAGUGGUCGAAGUCGAGAACCCGGAGCACUGCGACUUUAUUAAGCUCAGGACUAUGCUUAUCACCCACAUGCAAGACCUGCAGGAAGUGACGCAAGAGGUGCACUAUGAGAACUACAGGUCGGAGCGACUCGCGCGCAGCGGACAGGUGCCCAAGCGACACACGUCGACGGAGAGCGGUCUGAGCGAGGCUGACUCCAACGGAAUGACCAACGGAUCGGAAGACCCGAGCGACCGCGAGCGAGCUCUGCGUGAGAAGGAGGCGGAACUGCGUCGCAUGCAAGAGAUGCUGGAGCAGAUGCAGCGUCAGAUGAACCUGCAGGCUGCGAGCGGUACCAGCACCACUACCACCGCAUAGUGCUUGCACUCCGCACAGUUGGACAUUAGUACGGCUGUCCAGCUGCCGGCAACGUGCGACGUCGUCAACUCGAUACUUCGCGCCAUCCCCUACUGUGUUACUUCCAGCUAAAUGUAAUUGUCGUACGUCCUGUAACGUUCAUACAAAUAUGUCGCACGAUACCAGUUCAAUCGUAUUACAUCUGUUGACAUUGUAGUUAGAAAAUCGCCUAAAUAGAAUUAGUUUAGUCGUAGUUGCAGUUCCCGUCACUAGUAAUGAGUGUUGCCCUGUUAACUAUCCGGAGAAUUUCUACUAAAGUCGUAGUAAUUCGAAUGUGUUAACAAAGGCUUUAGGACGAAAUUGUCUUUAGGUUAAUUAUAAACCCAUGUGAGGUCUCCUAGAAAUUCCGUCAGUUGUAGUAAAAUUAGUGUACAAUAGUUAAGUGCAAUACUCAUAAAGGUCGUAGCUAUGUAUUUUUGUGAACAUUACAGAGUUAAGUAUUAUUUUGAUUACUCAAAUACUAUUUCUUUUUAUUAUUUUAUAGGACGAUAUUAUUAUAGGUAUAUCCAUAUCUAUAGACAAUAGAAUGUUUUAUCUCUCUAUAGUUAUAAGAAUGCAAUAUUUACACAGUGAUUCCUCAUUAAGAAACUUUUUAUCAAAAUAGAAAUUGUGAAAGUUUAUCAUUCGACCGCGAAAUAAAUACGAAAUAUUAGUCGAAUAUUUGUCUUCUGCAAAUGCAGAUUAAAUACUUUGCAGAAUCUCAAGUUUAUAGAUGCGUUCAGGUUAACUAUAUUGAUUGAUUUGAUGCGGAAAUAUUUCGAAUAUAAAAUGCACGAUAUGACAUAACAUAUUUGGUAGGCUAAUUUUAUAAUAAUAAUAAAGGCCUACAAAGGAUCAGACUUUGGUCUAUGCCUAUAAAAAAGCCCCAUGUCAAAUAUGUAACAGUAGGUUGUAAAAUGUGGCCUCACGAUGAUCUGACAUGCAUUUAUUAUUAUUUUUCUGUGCCAUUCUGUUCUGUAACAUAACUUAAUCUAAGUAAAUCUCGUUUAUUUCAGUAUUGUGUCUACCGAACCACCUUAACUACAAAUACAUCUAUUUUAAUUAUCGGUCUAAAAUGUUUUAUAUGAACUACUAAGAUUGGAUCUGCGAGUUUUUCUUAUCGAGAAUUAAUCCUGUCGAUGCAUUUUUCUCACACGACUAAAGUAUUAUUUUUACUUUGAUGACUGACAUUAUAUUUUAUUUGAGUAUUCCAUUUUUUGUAUUGUCAAUUUACUCUUUAAUAUUAGGAGAUUAGAAUAGUUUCCUACUUACUUAUAAGGAUUUAUUGGAAUGAUUGUAUCGAAUAGAAGGCUGAAAAUGCUCUUUGGAAAGUCUAAUUGAAUUGAAUUUUCAAAUUCUAACUUGAGUAGGUACUUAAAAUUCUUAGUAUCUCGUGUAUUUAGAAUUUAUUCCGAUGUUGGUGCAUUUAUUUUGUACUUUAAUUGUAUAUCACUGAAUCUAUCCACUAUUGUAAACUAAUUGAAGAAUCGAAUAAUAAUUAAUCAAAUAAAUCAUAGAACUUAAAUUGGUGCCAAAGUUUCGAAAUAUUAUUUUAAAAUUAUCUAAUUUUAAAUGUCUCUGAUUUUCCUGAUUGUGCAUUAUUAUCUAGGAACCCAUGUAAUUUUUGUGUAAAAGAAACCUCUAUGUAAUCAUAUUUUUAUAGUAAAUAUAAACGAAUCAUACCAA